CAGAGGCUGAAAAAAAAAAAAAAAAAAAAGAGGGGUAUAGGGUUCCUGUUCAGAGAAUAGGAAGAGCGAUAGAGAAGAGAAGCAACGACCUUUGGCGCGACGCUCUUGCGGAGCUGAACUGAGGAGCGGCAGAGCGGUGGUAAAAUAAAAGAUGGUUAAGCACAACAAUGUUAUUCCCAAUGGACACUUUAAGAAGCAUUGGCAAAACUAUGUGAAAACAUGGUUCAACCAGCCUGCUAGGAAAACCAGGAGAAGAAUUGCAAGACAAGAGAAGGCCGUGAAAAUUUUCCCUCGCCCAACUGCUGGUCCACUACGUCCCAUUGCCCAUGGCCAGACUUUGAAGUACAACAUGAAAGUGAGAGCUGGGAGGGGUUUUACUCUUGAGGAGCUCAAGGCUGCAGGUAUUCCAAAGAAGUUGGCACCUACUAUUGGUAUCUCAGUUGAUCAUCGCGUAGACCGUCUCUGGAGGUCUUCAGCCAAUGUUCAGAGGCUGAACUACAAGGCCAAAUUGGUUGUCUUCCCAAGACGAGCACUCAAAUUCAAGGCUGGUGAUUCUGCACCUAAGGAACUAGCAACAGCUACUCAAGUUCAGGGACAAUACAUGCCUAUUGUGCGCGAGAAAGCUGGAGUGGAGCUUGUUAAGGUUACAGAGGAGAUGAAGUCUUUCAAGGCAUAUGACAAGCUCCGCAUUGAGCGCGUGAAUCAACGCCAUGUCGGUAUUAGGAUGAAGAGGGCUGCCGAGGCUGAGAAGGAAGAGAAAAAGUAAUUAGUUUGAUUAAAUAUUGGGUACCAUUGAGUUUUGAUGUUAGACAGCAAGUUGUUAGUCAUUCUGUUGAAUUUUUGAAUUGGAAGAUAUAUUGAAUACAUCAUGUGUCGGAUGUUCAAGAAGAACUUGGAUGUUACAUACAAUCGGCUUUUCCCAUAUGUAUUUGCCUGUUUAAGUUUGGACAUUUGGUUCAGCUUCAUUGAAUUGCUUGCGCAUUAUAACUGGCACCAGAUGGCUUCAUAUUGGGAUGUGCAAAGGAUUAAAUGAAAAACCAGGAGUUAGUUUGAUGAUUAAA